ACUCGUCACAUGUAUUACCCUCUGCUCGCAUAGCACUCUGUUUCUUUACUGUUAAAUUCAAUUCAAUCUUCCAAAGCUAAAUCCAAAUUCCAAACAGCCAUUACUAAAUUCCAGUCUCUCAAUCUCUCUCAGUCUCAGUCAUGGCGAUCUCUAGCUAUCUCUCACUCUCGCACUCCCUUCCCUCUCCAAGUCCAAAGCUCUACAGUUACUCUUCACUACUCUCCUCAGUUCCCACCGCAACCGCUUUACUCUCCUUCAAACCCAAACCAACCACUUCUUCACCAUUCUCUUGUCACUUCCAUGACGGCGGCUUUUCUUCUCUCUCCGCCGCAGUCGGCGAAGACUUACCAGACGAUUACGGAGAGUGGUUCCCGAAGCCGGAUCCGGAAAAUCGAAGAAGAGCCGGAGUGUUGCUCCAUCCGACGUCGUUUAGAGGACCUCACGGGAUCGGCGAUCUCGGCGACGAGGCGUUUCGGUUCAUCGACUGGCUUCACCAAGCUGGCUGCUCCGUCUGGCAGGUUCUUCCGCUUGUUCCUCCUGGGAGGAAGGCCAAUGAAGAAGGGUCACCCUACUCGGGCCAGGAUGCAAAUUGUGGUAACACUCUGCUAAUAUCUCUCGAAGAGCUUGUCAAGGAUGGUCUGUUGAUGAAGGAGGAGCUACCUAAACCAGUUGACACUGACCGUGUGAACUACUCAGCUGUUGCUGACCUAAAGGAUCCUUUGAUAGCUAAGGCUGCAGAGAGGCUCAUUUUGAGUGAAGGGGAGCUUAAGAGUCAACUUGAAGCUUUCCGUAGAGAUCCUAAUAUCUCUAGCUGGCUUGAAGAUGCAGCUUAUUUUGCAGCUAUUGACGACAGCUUAAAUACUUUCAGUUGGUAUGAUUGGCCUGAACCUAUAAAAAAUCGCCAUCUUGCAGCUUUGGAAGACAUUUUUCAAAGCAAAAAGGAUUUUAUAGAUAAAUUCAUAGCACAACAGUUCUUAUUCCAAAGGCAAUGGCAGAAAGUUCGCAAGUAUGCACAGACGAAAGGCAUCAGCAUAAUGGGCGACAUGCCCAUUUAUGUAGGUUACCACAGUGCUGAUGUUUGGGCAAAUAGGAAACAUUUUUUGCUACAGAACAGGAAUGGUUUUCCUCUUCUAGUUAGUGGUGUUCCCCCUGAUGCAUUCAGUGAAACUGGUCAGCUGUGGGGCAGCCCUCUGUAUGAUUGGAAAGCCAUGGAGAAAGAUGGAUUUUCAUGGUGGAUACGCCGCUUACGUCGUGCACAAGAUAUAUAUGAUGAAUUCAGAAUAGACCACUUCAGAGGAUUUGCUGGCUUUUGGGCUGUCUCUUCCGAAGCAAAGGUUGCAAUGAUUGGAAGAUGGAAGGCAGGACCUGGAAAAUCCUUAUUCGAUGCCAUCUCUGGAGCAGUUGGGAAGAUGAAUAUAAUAGCAGAAGAUUUGGGAGUUAUCACAGAGGAUGUAGUCCAGCUUAGGAAAUCCAUUGGGGCACCUGGAAUGGCUGUCCUCCAGUUUGGUUUUGGAAGUGAUGCUGAUAACCCUCACUUGCCUCAUAAUCAUGAACACAAUCAAUUUGUGUAUACUGGAACUCACGAUAAUGACACGAUCCGAGGCUGGUGGGACAUUUUGAAGCAAGAAGAGAAGUCCAAUGUACUAAAGUAUCUCUCAAUUAAUGAGGAAGAUGAUAUUCCAUGGGCCCUCAUACAGGCUGCGUUAUCUUCAGUGGCCCGAACUACAAUCAUACCUAUACAAGAUGUGCUGGGGCUAGAUAAUUCUGCCAGGAUGAACAUCCCUGCAACUCAGUUUGGAAAUUGGGGUUGGAGGAUGUCUAGUUCCAUGAGCUUUGAUAGCCUGGAGCCUGAAGCAACGAAACUGAGGAAUAUGCUUUCUAUGUAUGGCCGACUGUAAUGGAUGCUGAGGUUUUUUUUAACUGGUCUACAACUUUUUUUUGUUUUGGAGAAUAACUGGCUACCACUUGAAUGUAAGCCACUCAUGCUUUUUGUAAUAGAACCAUUAUGCAGAGUUUACUCUUAAUCACUAAACAACUUGUCCUGCUUGAAGCAAUAUUUCGGGAUAUAUUUUGUUUCAAUUGAAUAAAUUGCUCUCUAUAUUUUUAUGUCUUCA